AUGGCUCCAAAGAGAAAGAGAAGCUUAACUAGAUCAACUCUCUCUCCUCCUUUUCCAUGGCGUUGGGAUGUCUUUUUGAACUUUAGAGGCGAAGACACCCGUUUCAAUUUUACGGAUCAUCUUUAUAAAAAGUUGAGACGGACGGGUAUUCGCACCUUCAGAGAUGAUGAAGGACUUGAAAGAGGAGGAGAGAUUCAACCUUCACUCUUGAAAGCUAUUGAAGAUUCAAGUAUUUCUGUUGUCGUUUUUUCGAAAAACUAUGCUCAUUCAAAAUGGUGCUUGGAUGAGCUUGAUAAGAUCAUGCAGUCCAUGGAAAAGGGACAAUUAGUUUUACCAGUUUUCUACCAUGUGGAUCCGUCUGAUGUGCGGAAACAAAGGGGCAGUUUUGGAGAAGCAUUUGCAGGAUACGGAGAAGUCGCUGAGGAGAGGGUGCAGAGAUGGAAGGCGGCACUGACGAAAGCUGGCUCUCUGGCUGGAUGGCAUGUGGAGCAUGGGUACGAAUCUCAGAUUAUUAAAGGAAUUGUUCGACACAUUUCCAAAAAGCUGAUCAGUCAUCCUGAACUCUUAACUAUUGAUGACCAUCUGGUAGGAAUCAAUUCCCGUUUGGAAGAAAUGUCGUCACUAUUAUGUAUGGAGUCAAAUGAUGUUCGCAUUAUAGGAAUAUAUGGAAUUGCUGGAAUAGGCAAGACUACCCUCGCCAAAGGAAUAUACAACCAAAUUGCUCAUCAAUUUGAAGAUGCUAGCUUUUUGCCACAUGUUGCAGAGGCAGUGGAAAGGCAUGGAUUGCUUGAACUACAAAGACAACUUCUAGCAGAUAUCCUACGGGAAAAUUUUGUACACAUAAGCAACAUUCAUGAAGGCAUUAGCUUGAUAAAGAAGACACUUUUCUCUAGAAAGGUUCUUAUCAUUCUCGAUGAUGUUAGUGCUUUGACUCAAUUAGAAUUGUUGGCAGGGAGCCAUCAAUGGUUUGGUUCAGGUAGUAGGAUUAUCAUAACAACGAGAGACAAACAUUUACUAGAUGGGUAUGGAGUUGAUGGAUUAUAUGAGGUUCAGAAAUUAAAAGUUGAGGAAGCUCUUCAACUGUUUAGUUUGAAUGUGUUCAAGGCAGACUUUCCUGACGAAGGUUUUUGGGAGCUCUCCGGACAUGCAUUAAAUUACUGUGAUGGACUUCCGGCAGCUCUUAAAGUUCUGGGACUUUUCCUGCGUGGCAAGACGGAGCUUGCAUGGGAAAAUGCACUGCUUAAGCAACAAACAGUAGGGGACAGGAGAAUCCAACAAAUGCUUAGAGUAAGUUUCGAUGGACUGGAUAGCACAGAAAAGGAUCUAUUCCUUGAUAUUGCAUGCUUCUUCAGAGGGAAGGACUCAGAUUCUGUUGGAAGAAUACUUGAUAGUUGCAACUUCUCUGCAAAUGGAAUGAAAGUUCUCAAAGAUCGUUCUCUCAUUAGUAUUUUAGACAACAAGAUAGAAAUGCAUGAUUUGAUGCAAAAAAUGGGUUGGGAAAUCAUUAAGGAAGAAUUUCCUGGAAGACCUGGCAAAUGGAGUAGAUUGUGGAAUCCAUGAAGAUGUCCAUGCUGUGUUGACA